AUGACAACAAAACCAAAUAUUGUAAUUGUUGGUGGAGGAUAUGGCGGAAUAGCCGUAGCCACAAAACUCGAAUCGUCCCUUCAUAAAACUCAUCAAAUUAUUCUUAUUGAACGUAAAACUCAUUUCUAUCAUGCAAUUGGUGGUCUUCGUACAGUUGUUGAAGAUGGAUUUGAGAAUAAAGUCAUUAUUCCUUAUGAUAAUCUUUUUAAGCAUGGAGGAAAAAUUGUACAUGCUACAGUUACUACAAUUAAUAAAAAUGAGGUUAUUGUUGAUACCGAAACUGAAUUGGGAACUCAAAUACCAUUUAAAUAUUUGAUAAUUGCUACUGGAUCUAAUCAUUCUAAACCUGCAAAGAUGAUGGCAGAUAAUAAAGAAGAGGGUAUUGCAGAAAUAAUUGCUCAAAGAGAAGCUGUAAAAAAUGCGAGGAAAAUUUUGAUUAUUGGUGGAGAACUUGCGGGAGAAAUUGCAUCAGUUUAUCAAGAUAAAGAAGUUACACUUAUUCAUUCAGAAAAUCAUUUGCUUACGGAUAAAUUUCCAAGGAAAAUGACUGACCUUCUUGCUAAACAAUUGAGAGAGUUAAAUGUAAAGCUUAUUUUUGGAGAAAAAGUUAUUUUUCCUUCUUCUGGUAUUGAUGACGGUUUGUCUUCCAUAACAUUGGAAACUGAUAAGGGUACACAAAUUGAGUCUGACGUACAAUUCGUAGCUUUUGGUGCGAAGCCAAACACUGGAGUAAUAAAAACCUUGGAUCAAUCAUUAAUCGAGCAAUAUACUACUCUAGUAAAAGUUAAGCCAACUCUUCAAUUGGAAAAUGAUAAUUAUGCACAUAUAUUUGCUCUCGGGGACAUAACAAAUAUUAAAGAAACAAAACUUGCCUAUCGUGCUGGUCUUCAUGCUGAUGUCGUAACUAAGAAUAUUAUUGCGCUCAUUAAUAAUAAAAAAUUGGUUGAAUAUAGCCCAGGCGCUGAAGCUAUGUUAGUGCCCAUUGGCAAGAAUAAAGGCGCAUCUCUUUUACCAAUGGGUAACAUGGUUGUUGGUGGUUUCAUGACGAAAAAUAUCAAAGGAAAAACUCUUAUGGUUGAUAGAACAUGGAAAUCAUUGAACGCAACACUUGCUACAUAA